AAAGAACAUCAACAAAUUGUGAUUGGCUCUAUUAUUCUCCACUUCAAUUAACCCCACUCCUCAUUUCUCGAUUACUACAAGUCUCAAAAUGCUGCUGCUAAUCUCCCCUUCAUCCUCAAAAUGGCUUCCUCCAUCACCCAACUUCAGCCUUACCCAAAGAGUUGUCCGACCCGCACCCACACUCAAGGUAACCAGAUCAAUGGCAGCGAAACAGAACGGUGAAAGCCAAUGCGGAAUAGCGGAGAAAGUGGCCAUCGUCGGCGGAUUAAUCUCCGCGCCGGUGAUUGGGUGGUCGCUUUACACGCUAAACUCUACCGGCUGCGGCCUUCCGCCGGGACCAGGUGGCUCCCUUGGCGCACUUGAAGGCGUGAGUUAUUUGGCGGCGGCGGCGAUUGUGGGCUGGUCAUUGUAUACCAAGAUAAAAACCGGGUCGGGUUUGCCCAGUGGGCCGUUUGGGUUGUUAGGAGCGGUUGAAGGGUUGUCUUAUUUGAGUUUGUUAGCGGCAAUAGCUGUAUUCGGGUUACAAUUCUAUGAUCCAGCAGCUUCCAUCAUUCCCGGUACUCAGUGCUUCGGCUGAAUUGAAUUAAAUUUGAGCUUUGGGAUGAAUUAAGAUUCAUCCUUUUCCAUAUUUUCACUUUCAUUUUGAUAAAAUAAGAUAUUUUAGUUUCUUACUACUCAACACUGUAUUAAAUGUUGAUUCUUUUAUCCAUUAUAUUGUGUGGCCUUGCAUCAUUCAUUAUCUUCAGGUACAUUCGAAAAUUCAAACAUUAUGAUAGUCUUAUUAUAUCAUUGGAAAUGCUUUGUGUACACAUUUUUCGAUGUACAAAAGUUAUACUGUUCCAUUGAGUGUACAAAAGACGUAAACAAAAAUGUGUACAAAGUUAUAACAACUGUUAUAUUAUUCCAUUGACUAUUUCAUUUUACCUUGAAAUGUAGAGAAGACAAAGUUAUUUCAUUAUUCCAAUGACUAUUUCAUCUGCUCUACAAAGUUCUAAUAAUAUUUUAAGAGUCUGAGAGAGAAGAGCGCCUAACUAAUGAAUUUGGAGAAGCCUUGGUCUUUGGAAUGGAGCAGACCACCGCCUUGGGAGCUGCAAUAAACCCCUUGAAGAUUAAUAGCUGAAAUGUCAAAAUGCAAUAGACGAGAAGAAGAAGGGGGGAGGUGUUGAAUGAUAGAAGUACAAACACACUUACAAAAAAACUUACAAACAAGUGAUGUGACUAUUUUAAUUACCAUUGAUGUAAAAGUUUGUAAAUGUGAUGUGAUGUGUUAAAUAUUGUGAUGAUGCCACAUACCCUUUUGUAAGAUUUUUUGUAAAAGUUUUUAUACCUCUAGCAUAACUCUCAGGGCCGGCCCUGAGGGUGUGUAGGGUGUCCAAUCGUACAGGGCCCAAAAAAUUGGAAGGGCCCAAUUUUUUUUGUAGUAAUAUACUACUACCUUCGUCC